AUGGCUCACGGAGGCUUUACCACAACCCUGUCGGGUAAAGUAUCAGCCAUGAGCUGUUUGAGUUUAUUUGACCAAGUGCUUGGACAAAGUGCCAUCUAUUCUUGCAGGCGGCACAUCUCACUGUCCCGCCGCAGUGUUCCACAGACUUCGAAACACGCAAGCCUUAUCAGGCUCCCUCCCAGGGCGAUCACAGUAUGGUCACGACUCAAAGCUGAUCUAGCGGCUGGCCCGGUGCCGUAUCCAGAGCUCACCAUCGGUGUCCCAGCAGAGACCUUUGCCGGAGAACGUCGAGUGGCUGUUGCGCCACAAAACAUCCCACUUCUCUUGAAGAAAGGUUUCGCUCGUGUCCUCGUCGAGCGCGGUGCUGGUGCCAAAGCUCAAUAUGGGGAUGAGGUCUACGAGCACAUGGGUGCCACCGUCGUGGAUCGCCAGGCUGUCUGGUCUGAGAGCAACAUUCUGCUCAAAGUUCGUCCUCCUGAUGUGAAAAGCGAAGUUUCACAGAUCCAACCCAGAGCCGCCAUGAUAUCUUUCAUUCAACCGGCUCAGAACAAGAGCCUGGUCGAAGCCCUAGCCUCACGUCAUGUCACUACAUUCGCUAUGGACAUGAUACCAAGGAUCUCCCGCGCCCAGGCCUUUGAUGCACUUAGCUCGAUGGCCAAUAUUGCAGGAUACAAGGCGGUCCUGGAAGCUUCGAAUCAUUUUGGUCGGUUCUUGACAGGCCAGGUUACUGCAGCUGGCAAGAUCCCUCCUGCUAAAGUCCUGGUUAUCGGUGCAGGUGUUGCUGGGCUAAGCGCCAUUACCACGGCCCGUAGACUGGGCGCGAUGGUACGUGGCUUCGACACUCGAUCAGCGGCGCGAGAACAGGUCCAAUCUCUUGGGGCCGACUUCCUCGAAGUGAGCAUCCAGGAGGAGGGUGGCGGAGCAGGCGGCUACAGUAAAGAAAUGUCCAAGGAGUUCAUCGAGGCGGAGAUGAAACUUUUCAUGGAUCAAUGCAAGGACGUCGAUAUUGUGAUUACCACAGCGCAAAUUCCGGGCAGACCCUCUCCCAAGCUCAUCACCGAAAAGAUGGUCAGCGCCAUGAAGCCGGGAUCCGUGAUUGUCGACCUUGCAGCUGAAGGUGGAGGAAAUUGUGAAGUCACUGUACCUGGAAAGCUCAUCGUCCAUAACCAUGUCACGGUCCUAGGGUACACAGAUUUCCCGUCCCGUCUCCCAACCCAGUCGACCAGUCUGUAUUCUAACAACAUCACGAAGUUCCUGCUCUAUCUGGCCCCCAAAGACAACCAUUUUGGGGUGGAUUUAAAGGAUGAGGUUGUUCGUGGCUCGAUAGUCACUCACAAUGGAGAAAUUAUCCCUCCAGCACCACGAGCUGCUCCACCGCCCGCUGCCACCCAGUCGCACCAUGAGCCCGAGAUCAAGCCGGUCGAACUGACCCCAUGGCAAAAACAAACGAAGAAUGUGGCCGCCGUGACGGGAGGGAUGAGUGCCGCUCUUGCGCUGGGUAAACUGACCAGUCCACUUUUCAUGGGUAGCAUGUUCACCGCCGGUCUGGCCGGUCUGAUCGGGUAUCGAUCCGUCUGGGGCGUGAUCCCAGCCCUGCAUUCCCCUCUGAUGAGUGUCACCAAUGCCAUCUCCGGCAUUGUUGGAGUGGGCGGCUUCUUCGUCAUGGGAGGAGGAUAUCUCCCCGAAACAGUACCUCAAGUGCUAGGUGCACUGUCUGUUCUUCUGGCUUUUGUGAACAUCUCCGGCGGGUUCGUCAUCACGAAGCGAAUGUUGGAUAUGUUCAAGCGUCCGACCGAUCCCCCGGAAUAUCCCUGGCUGUAUGCGAUCCCGGCUGUUCUUUUCGGAGGCGGUUUCGUUGCAGCGGCGUCCACGGGAAUGGCUGGAAUGGUGCAAGCCGGGUAUUUGGUCAGCAGUCUCCUCUGCAUUGGGUCGAUUUCCGGUCUCGCAUCGCAAGCAACUGCAAGGACGGGAAACUUGCUGGGUAUUUUGGGCGUGUUUGCAGGGAUCAUCGCUUCACUGGGAGCAGUUGGGUUCUCGCCAGAUGUGCUUGCUCAAUUCGGGGCCAUUGCAGCAAUCGGUGGCAUCAUUGGGGCUUUGAUUGGAAGACGAAUCACACCGACCGAACUGCCGCAGACAGUCGCAGCAUUGCACUCGGUAGUCGGCCUCGCAGCCGUGCUUACCAGCGUAGGCAGCGUCCUUGCCGAUGUCUCGGAGAUCUCGACCUUACACAUGGUGACCGCUUAUCUGGGUGUCUUGAUCGGUGGCAUCACGUUCACAGGGUCAAUCGUCGCGUUUCUCAAACUGGCCGGCCGCAUGUCCUCAAGACCCACGGUUCUGCCGGGUCGACAUCUCGUCAACGCGUCUCUGCUCGCCGCCAACGCAGGUACUAUGGGGGCAUUCGUGACCAUGGCUCCUGGCGCCCCUGCUGUGGCGGCCGUAUGUCUUUCUGCCAACACUGCUCUGAGUUUCGCCCAAGGCUUUACUACCACAGCUGCCAUUGGAGGAGCCGACAUGCCCGUGGUCAUCACCGUGCUCAAUGCGUAUUCCGGCUUUGCCCUGGUCGCGGAGGGAUUCAUGCUCGAUAACCCCCUUCUAUUGACCGUAGGAUCACUGAUUGGCGUCAGCGGUUCGAUUUUGUCUUAUAUCAUGUGUGUCGCCAUGAAUCGAUCACUGACCAACGUGCUAUUCGGCGGCAUCGCUCCCAUUGCACAGACGAACCAGGAAAUCAAAGGCCAGGUGAUCAAGACAACAGUCGAAGAGACAGUCGAAGCUCUAGCUAACGCCGAGAACGUCAUUAUUGUGGUCGGUUAUGGCAUGGCGGUCGCCAAAGCACAGUACGCCAUCGCCGAAAUCACCUCAUUACUACGCAGCAAAGGUGUCAACGUCCGGUUCGCCAUCCACCCAGUGGCAGGGCGGAUGCCGGGCCAAUGCAACGUCCUGCUUGCUGAAGCCUCGGUGCCGUACGACAUCGUGCUAGAAAUGGACGAGAUCAACGACGACUUUCCAGACACCGAUGUGACGCUGGUGAUUGGUGCCAAUGACACGGUGAACCCGCUGGCCUUGGAACCCGGGUCACCUAUCGCGGGGAUGCCGGUUUUGCAGGCAUGGAAGUCGAAGAACGUGAUUGUUAUGAAGAGAGGGAUGAGUAGUGGUUAUGCUGACGUACCGAAUCCGAUGUUCUACAUGCCCGGAACGCGCAUGCUGUUCGGCGAUGCCAAACAGACCUGUGCUGCCCUCAAGGCUGUCCUGGAGACGAGGUAUAAAGCGCAAUUCCACGUCUAG